CCGAGUAGUGGAGCCGCUUUGUAGCGGACCCGGGAUUGGCUCAGCGGCGACGGUGCACUCAUUCAGCGCGCUUCACUGCCCUCGCAGUCAGAGGUGCGCUCCGGCGGGACGUUGGGUUAGUGGUGUCUGAGGAUUUCCUCAAUUUAAUUAUGGCGGGAAGUGAACAAUUGGAGGAGCCACUCUUUAUUUUAGAAAAUGGAGAUAAGUACACAAAUCCAACAGAAGUAAAGAUGAGUCAGUUUAUCCUGCCCUGUCAUGCCAAUCACUGUGGAGAACUGAGUGUAGGCCAACUGCUGAAGUGGAUGGACACAACAGCCUGUCUUUCUGCGGAAAGACAUGCAAAUUGCCCGUGUGUUACUGCCUCAAUGGAUGACAUUGACUUUGAGCAUACCCUCAGUGUUGGACAAGUGGUGAACAUCAAAGCAAAAGUGAAUCGUGCCUUUAACACAAGUCUGGAGGUUGGAAUUAUCAUCAUUUGUGAAGAUCCCUUGAGUGCAAAGCAGUGGAAAGUGUGCAAUGCAUUUGCAACAUUUGUAGCGAGGGGACAAGGACCUGGAAAGGUCCAGCUGAAGCCAGUGAUUCCUAGAACGUCUGAGGAGCAGAUUGAGUACAGUAUUGCCGCUGAGCGUCGCCGAAUGAGGCUGCACCACUUGGAAACCAUCAAAGAUCUGGUCUCCUCAAGCACAAUUCAAAAAGAGCCAGAUUUUGAAGAAUCCCAGCAUGUUGUGCCAGCAGAGAAGACCAGAGUAGAGACCGUUGAGCUUGUCUUGCCACCUCAUGCAAAUCAUCAGAGCAACACUUUUGGAGGACAGAUCAUGGCUUGGAUGGAGAGUGCAGCUACAAUCUCUGCAAGCCGCUUCUGCAAAGGACAUCCGGUGUUGAAGACCAUUGACAUGUUUCACUUCAGGGGACCCUCGCAAGUUGGAGACCGUAUAACAUUGAAGGCAAUAGUUAACAAUGCAUUUAAAAAAAGCUUUGAAGUUGGUGUCUGCGCCGAAGCUUACCAUCAAGAAGGCUGGGAUAGGAAGACACACAUUAACAGUGCAUUCAUGACCUUUGUGGUGCCUGAUAAAGAUGGGAAUCUCAGCACAAUCCCCUGUGUCGAGCCAGAACCAGGGGAUGGAGAAAGAAGGUACCGUGAAGCAAGUGCGCGGAAGAAAAUGCGACUCGACAGAAAAUAUAUUAUUUCAUGCAAACAAACUGAAGUACCACUGUCUGUCCCCUGGGACCCCAGCAACCAGGUUUACCUCAGCUACAAUAAUGUCUCUGCACUAAAAACCCUGGCUGCAAAACAAAACUGGGUACUGAACUGCACACAGAAGAAGGCAAAACUGUUUACACUAGAAGAAGAUCAGUUACUGUUCUUCAAAGCAGAAAUGACUGUUUCUGUAAACGUCAAGCAAGUUUUCCUACUACUGUCUGAUAUGAGCCGUCGACAUGAGUGGGACACUCACUACCAGAAAUUUCAGUUGAUACAAAAGGUGGAUGAGGAUGAUGUCAUCUAUCACGUGAUAUCUCCUUCUGUCAACAAGACCGGCAACUUUCAAGACUUUGUUCUAUUGGCAUCUCGUAGAACACCUUGUGCUGAUGGGGACCCCUAUCUGAUAGCCCUCCGAUCAGUAAGUCUCCCUGCGGCUCCACCAACUAAGGACCUUGACAGGGGUGAAGUAUCCUGCGCUGGCUUUAAACUUUGUCAGGAAGGAGAUGCAUGCACCAGAAUUGCGUAUUACAUCCAGGCAACCCCUCAAGUUCUCCCAUACUUCACCCGUGACAUCACUGGACUGUCUUCUGAUCUGUGCAAAAUCAUUGAGGCUUGCAAUGAAUUUCUCGAACAAAAUAAGGAUGUCGUCCAUUUGUCAGUGUGACAUUGGGUGGGGCUU